CACUAUUAUUUGGUGACAACUCAAGCGACAAAGCAACUCAAGUUAAAGCUGGCGCUUUUAGCGUGAUUUUAAUGAAACCAUCAAACUCGUUUGUACUUCAUAACAUUGCUGGCAUCAAAUUGGACUACCCUCAUCUAAAAAUGUGAGCACAUGCAUCGCUAUGGAUAUUCAUAGCAACUUUAACCCAUUAAACUAAAUAAAUAAAUGUGUUUUUAUGGCGCUUAGAAAUACUGCUUCGGCACGCGCUUGCAUGCGCCGGCUGUAGAAUGGCUGUUGUCCAGCGCAGCGCACUGACUGCCACAAGAACAAGAAUGUAAUAUCACACAACACUAACACACACACACACUCACAUGCACAUGCAAGCGCAAAUAUAUGAAAAAGUCGUAAACGUAAAAUCAACGGUUUUAUUUCUUGCCAAAGCAAACACAAACAAAUGUGUACGAGAGCAAAUGAGCACAAGGAUAACAGCGGUCAAAAAGCGAAAAAAGCAAAUGCCAAAACAAGAACAACGCAAGGCAACUGCAGCAGCAAUAGUAACAGUAACAUAGUUAGGCGCGCACACACACGCAACGGCAUUUUUCCACGCGUGAACGCAUGGUGUCAAGUAUACAAAGCAGACAAAUCAAUAACGCCGAAAUCCGAGCUACAAAGAUGAGCUUACCGCUUGGCGCUGUUGGCUAUUGGCCUAAGCCCAGCAUAAGCUUUUAAGCGCUUCGUGUUGCUGCCUUCGUUACUGACACAACUGAAAAGCUAUGCCAAAAGCGAGAGCGCACACACAAAAGCAAAGAGCGCAAGCAGAGUAGAGAGCAGCAGCAAUAGCAGUAGAAAGCUGGAGUGCGCUCACAUUGACGUAAACCUAAAGGAAGCAGUUGGCAAAUUGGCAGAGCGCGAAGCACAUAAGGCAGGCGAGAGAGCUUUUCUUUCACACCUACGUGCAAUGUAUCGGCGCUCUUGGCGAAUGCAUUUCGCGGCGCAGUGCAGUGGCAGUGUCGUCGCUCCGAAAAGCUUAGCACCGAGCUGGUGCGGGCAGUUGUGUACGCAACGUUGAGGCUAAAAGACGCAAAACGGAUAUCAAAGCGGUUAUACCACGGCGCUGUACGGUCGCACGCUCCUCGCCUACACCAAUCAAUUUACAUACAUAUAUGUGAAAUUUCAGUGAUUUUGUGUAAUAAAAAUAAAUUCCGUUUUGAAGCGCGGACCAGCAGACAGGCAGACGGCCAAAUCGCUGUGACCGACUGUAGGGGCGCACAGCACGCGCGCGCGGUUACGGAGCGCCGUUACGCGAUUCAGGCAAACGGGGAAUUUCAUAGCAGCCUACGAUUUAUAUUCGAGCCAAGCGAAUCGAGCGUGUGGGCAAAUCGUUAAAUGCUGCUGAAAAGCCUUGAACGAGUGGAGUUCGCACUGUACGCAAAACGGCACAAAUCGAAAGUGAAAACGCCAUACGUAGCGCCUCAAGUCGUUAAAUGUUUUGCGUAUUUCUAGCGCGCCGCCUCGAAAGCACCAAAAAGAAUCCACGCGUUUCCAUUAUUUCUUGCGUUUUUUGAGGCAUAAAGUGAAUUGGCGAGUUCGCUUGCAAAUUGUCGGUUACGUUCGUGUGCCUGUGAGUGUGUGUGCGGGAAAAAUCGAGUCCUUGAAAAGCGUACCAUUCAAUUACUGUGCCUUUUCGCCCCAAAAACCUGCUACUACUGACCACACGCGCUGCCAACCCGCGAACGCAACGAAAAGCAAUUUCCCACGACAAAUAAGUGUUGAAUAUCAAAUAGAAAAUAAGCAAAAUCAUUUCUCUGAAUUAAAAAAUUCAAAGAAAAUUCAAAAAUUAAUGCCCCGAUGUUGAAGUCGACGAGGAAAUGCUGAAGAAUUGUGAUUUCUUUUGUUUUUUUUUCUGCAAAUGUGAUAAAAAGUAAAAUCGAUAAUUUCUAAAAAAAAAGGCAAAGCAAAAAAAAAACAACAAUAACACUGCGAAACGAAGCGAGACAAACGAGCCAAGAGGCUGAAAACGCAAAUGCAAAAACAACAGCAGCCCUUAGAGCUGCAACAACAGCAACGGUAGGAAAAAAUAGCACUUACAACAACAGUGUGGCAACAAUAACACGGCAAUAACGGCGACAACGAAAUCGGGACAAAAUCCAAAUGAACCAGCAACAGCAGAAAUAAAGAACACACAACAAAAACAACAAAGGCGCAUUAACAAUAGGCAAAGCAGCAUAGCUGGCGUAGCUUUGGGGCAAAGGCGACCAAACGCGGCUACAGACGAGGACGGACAGACUGCGAACGCGCAGCAGCGGCAGUGCAGUGCGGCAGCGGGAAUAGGGACAGUGGAGGGAGUGAAGGGAAAAUACUAGGAAAAUCUUGUAAUUUGAACCAUUGGGUUAUUAACUUUGCAAAUCUUGCUGUGGAGUAAGAACAAUAACAAAAAAACGAAAUUUUUGCCAUCGCGCUUGCAUAAGCGUGUGUAUGUGUGUGUGUGUACUGGAACACAACAUAAAGUUAUGGACAGUGGAAAAUAUUAACGCCAAGCCAUCAAAUAACACCAAACCCACUGAAACAAAAGCAAUACUUGAAUAGCGCAACACAACAACAAAAGCGCAAAAGAAUACAAAGAAAACGAAAUGCGCAGCGAAACAAGACAAUAAGCGUAUUAAAUAACGGCCAAAAGCAAGCCGUAUAUAGAAAUAUAGCAACGAAAGGCAGUACAAACGCAGAGUAAACAAAAAAUACUAGAACUGAGCGCACAACUGAGUGUUUGUUGUGCCGUGCAAAAAAGUUGCGCAUACGCCGUGCUGUACCAAGCAACGCACAACUCCCAAUAGUAGCGCUCACAUUUAGGGCUAAGCGUACAGAUACGUGCCGGCAGCUAGAAAGCGCGCCAAACGGGCCGACCAAAGCGAGGAGCAGUGCUCACAAAGCCAAAAGUGUUACAAAAUUGGCUUGCUGCCCACUCAAGCAGCACAUUUACUGCCACUUCACUGCAUUCGUGCCAACAACGACAACAACCCACACUCACACACACACACACUUAUGUAUAUACACAUCUUUAAAUAGCAAUAUUUGCUAGCUUAACAUAGAGAAAGCAACGCCAAUAGCAAACUUGCUACAAAAAACGUUUAAGCUAAAAAUAGGAUAAGUCCAACACUUGCGCUCACCUGCCGAAAACACUGCACACCGAAAACGCCUGUACUCCGCAACAAGCGAGGAACAGGCUGCAUUUGAGCCACUACUACCGAGCCACACGCUCCGCUGCGCACAGGAAACGCAGCAAACCUGCUGCAAGGCAUUUCACUCACACACCGCGCGCCGCAAGCUAACUUAUGGACAAUGCCUACGUCUACUAUAAGUUGGACGAAUUCCGUCUUGAAAUACAAAGAAGGGAUCAAGAAAUAUUGGCGAUGGCGGCCAAAAUGAAAACUUUGGAAGAGCAACAUCAGGACUAUCAGCGGCACAUAGCGGUUCUGAAGGAGUCGCUAUGUGCCAAGGAGGAGCACUACAAUAUGCUGCAGACUGAUGUUGAGGAGUUGCGCGCCCGCCUGGAGGAGAAAAACCGCUUGAUCGAGAAGAAGACACAAGGCACGCUACAAACGGUGCAGGAACGGAAUCGUCUGACUAGUGAACUCACCGAAUUGAAGGAUCACAUGGAGAUUAAGGACCGCAAAAUCAACGUGUUACAGCGAAAGAUUGAGAAUCUCGAGGAUCUGCUCAAGGAGAAGGAUAAUCAGGUGGAUAUGGCGCGGGCACGUCUGUCGGCAAUGCAGGCUCAUCACAGUAGCUCCGAGGGCGCUCUCACAAGUCUCGAAGAGGCCAUUGGUGACAAAGAGAAACAAAUGGCCCAACUGCGAGAACAGCGAGAUCGUGCCGAACAUGAAAAGCAAGAGGAGCGCGAAUUACAUGAGCGUGAAAUUGCCGAUUACAAAAUCAAGCUGCGCGCACUCGAGAGCGAAGUGGAGAAAUUGAAUACACGCCUGGAGCGUGCAGUCACCGAACGUGAGCGCUUGGAAAUCAAAUUGGAGGCGUCACAAAGUGAAUUGGGCAAAUCGAAGGCGGAGCUGGAGAAGGCCACCUGCGAGAUGGGACGCAGCAACGCCGACUGGGAGUCCACCAAACAGCGCAUCGCCCGUCUCGAAUUGGAGAACGAACGCUUGAAACACGAUCUGGAACGUUCACAGCUGCAGCUAGAAGAACAGACCACACUACAUAAAUCUGUACAAAAAUUAAUGCUCGAAUCGGGACGCUUAUCGACAACAUUUGGCCGCACAACAAUGACGACUUCGCAAGAGCUGGACCGGGCACAAGAGCGCGCCGACAAGGCGGCCGCGGAACUGAGGCGGACACAGGCUGAGCUCCGCGUCACACAGUCGGAUGCGGAGCGUGCUCGUGAAGAGGCGACUGCGUUGCAGGAGAAGCUCGAGAAGAGUCAGGGUGAAGUAUAUCGCCUUAAAGCGAAGCUCGAGAAUGCACAAGGUGAACAGGAGAGCUUGCGCCAGGAGCUGGAGAAGGUGCAGGGAGGUGUGUCACGCAUACAUGCUGAUCGGGAUCGGGCCUUCUCGGAAGUGGAGAAGAUGAAGGAGGAGAUGGAGCGAACCCAAGCCACGCUGGGCAAGGCACAACUGCAGCAAGAGAAACUGCAGAACUCAUUGGAUAAAGCCCAGAACGAGGUCGACCACUUGCAGGAGAAACUCGAUAAAUCGGUGGCUGAAAAUCGACGCUUGGUGCUCGAAAAGGAGAAGCUCAACUAUGACUAUGACAACCUACAGUCGCAGCUGGACAAGGCGCUGGGACAGGCGGCGCGCAUGCAAAAGGAACGCGAAACUCUCACGCUCGAUACGGACCGCAUACGCGAGAAAUUAGAGAAGACACAGAUGCAACUAGCACGUAUACAAAAAGAGCGGGAUCAGUUCUCCGAUGAGUUGGAAACACUCAAAGAACGCUCCGAGUCAUCGCAAACGUUACUGAUGAAAGCGGCGCGCGAUAAGGAGGCGAUGCAAACCGAUUUGGAAGUGCUCAAGGAGCGUUAUGAAAAGUCGCACGCCAUACAACAAAAAUUGCAGAUGGAGCGUGACGACGCUGUUACCGAAGUGGAGAUACUUAAGGAGAAACUGGACAAAGCACUUUAUGCUAGUCAGAAACUCAUCGAUGAGAAAGACACCUCCAAUAAAGAAUUCGAGAAGAUGCUUGAGAAGUACGAUCGCGCGCAGAAUGAGAUUUAUCGACUACAGUCGCGUUGUGAUACUGCCGAAGCUGAUCGCGCACGUUUGGAAGUCGAAGCAGAGCGUUCCUCCUUGGCCGCGUCGAAGGCGCGUGAAGACUUGCGCAAAUUGCAAGAGGAGAGCACUCGCUUACAGGAGGCGUGCGAUCGAGCCGCGCUUCAACUGAGCAGAGCCAAGGAGAGCGAAGACAAUGCGCGUGUUGAGCUCGAGCACAAUCGUGAACGCUUCGAUAAAAUACAAACCGAUUUGCGACGAUCGCAAGGUGAAAAAGAGCAUUUGCAGUCGGAGUUGGAGCGUGUCACAUACGAACUGGAGCGCGCACACGCCGCACAAACCAAAGCCAGUGCCAGCGUGGAAGCGGCUAAAGAGGAGGCUGCGCACUAUGCCGUUGAAUUGGAGAAAAUGCGCGAUCGUUACGAGAAGAGCCAAGUGGAGUUACGUAAACUCCAGGAUACUGAUACAUUUGGACGUGAGACCCGUCGCCUUAAGGAGGAAAAUGAGCGUCUCCGUGAAAAACUGGACAAAACCCUUAUGGAACUCGAAACAAUUCGGGGCAAGUCACAAUAUGAAUCCGAAUCGUUUGAAAAAUACAAAGACAAGUAUGAAAAGAUUGAGAAUGAAAUACAAAACAUGGAAUCUAAACUGCAUGAGACCACCCUGCAACUGGAAUUGUCCAAGGGCGAGGUUGCUAAGCUACUUGCCAAUCAAGAGAAACAACGUAGCGAAUUGGAGCGGGCGCAUAUUGAGCGCGAGAAGGCACGUGACAAGCACGAGAAACUGCUGAAGGAGGUGGAGCGAUUGCGUCUGCAGCAACAGUCGGCCAUCAGCCCUGGCGAGUCGGUGCGCGCAUCGAUGUCGGCGGGCGAGCGCCAAGAAAUCGAUCGAUUACGCGAUCGCCUCGAGAAGGCGCUACAGUCGCGCGAUGCCACCGAACUCGAAGCGGGCCGCCUCGCCAAGGAGUUGGAGAAAGCGCAGAUGCAUUUAGCCAAACAGCAGGAAGCGAACGAAUCGACGCGCAUCGAAUUCGAACGCAUGUCUGCCGAACUCGGCCGUCUGCACGAUCGACUCGAGAAGGCAGAGGCCGAGAAGGAGUCACUACGCCAAUCGGCACGCAAUGGCGCAGACAAACCGCAUCCACAACUCGAAAAGCACAUGCAGAAAUUGGAAGCCGAUUGCAAGCAAUUGGCCAUGGAACGCGAGCAAUUGGUACUGCAACUCGAAAAGAGCCAGGAGAUAUUGAUGAAUUUCCAAAAGGAGUUGCAAAAUGCCGAAACCGAAUUGCAAAAGGCGCGUGAAGAGAACCGCAAAUUACGCAACGGUCAUCCGGCAUCACCCGCGGCGCCUGCUGAACUGCAAGCCAUGCAACAAGAAAUCCAGGUGCUGCAACAGAAGUUACAAGAGUCCGAAAAAGCUCUACAGGCCGCCAGUGCCAUAGCGGGAGCGAGUGGCGCCAAUCGGGAAGAGGUCGAACAGUGGCGCAAGGUGCUUGAAGUUGAGAAGAGUCGCGCCGAAAUGGCCGACAAAGCCGCACAAGAAAUGCAUAAACGCAUACAAUUGAUGGAUCAGCACAUUAAGGAGCAACAUCAACAAAUGCAAAAGAUGCAACAACAGAUAGCACAACAGCAACAGCAACAACAGCAGCAGCAACAACAAGUGUCCGGUAAUGCUCAAGAAGUCACGAAAGAGCUGGAGAAGGUGAAAGGAGAACUGCAGGCCGCCUGCACAGAGCGUGACCGCUUCCAGCAGCAGCUUGAGUUGCUGGUACAAGAACUUGAAAAAAGCCAGCUUUCAAACCAGGAGCAGUCGAAGCAAUUGCAGACCUCCCAACAACAAGUGCAACAACUGCAGCAGCAAGUGCAAAUGUUGCAGCAGCAAGUACAACAACUGCAGCAGGCGGGCACUUCCGGCGCAGCCGCCACCGAUGUGCAGCGCCAACAAUUGGAGCAACAACAAAAACAAUUGGAAGAGGUACGCAAACAGAUCGACAACCAAGCCAAGGCCACGGAAAGCGAGCGCAAGAUCAUCGAGGAGCAGCGCAAACAGAUCGAAGCCAAACGCAAGGAUAUCGAGGAGAAAGAGAAGAAAAUGGCCGAUUUCGAUGUGCAGUUGCGCAAACGAAAGGAGCAAAUGGACCAGUUGGAGAAAUCGCUGCAGACGCAGGGUGGCGGUGCUGCGGCAGCCGGGGAGCUUAACAAGAAGCUCAUGGACACACAGCGACAGCUUGAAGGCUGCAUUAAGGAACUGCAAAACACCAAGGAGGAGCACAAAAAGGCAACCACCGAAUGCGAACGGUUACUGCAACUGGUGCAAAUGUCGCAAGAGGAACAGAACGCCAAGGAGAAAACUAUUAUGGACUUACAACAAGCCUUAAAGAUCGCUCAAGCAAAAGUGAAACAAGCACAAACGCAGCAACAGCAAGAUGCUGGACCAGCUGGAUUCUUGAAGAGCUUUUUCUAAAGAGUAUUACUUGAAAACGUGAAAACAAACAAACAUAUACGAGAAGCAACAAAAUUUUUCAUUAUUACACUGUACAUUUAACUACCAGUAACCUCAGUAUUGAUUUCAUUAUAAUAAUGAACAAUGGAAAAGAAGUAUUGGAAAUCUUUUUUACUCAACUUUUUGCUGAUCGCUGUCUUUUUCUAAUUAUUGUUUUCUUGUGACAAAACCAAAAAAAUAUACGCAGAUUAAUGUUAAAUAUUGGGAACUAAGUACUACUGUAUCCAUUACUCUUCAUACUAACCACAAUCGGCUGCUUAUUCACAACCUACACGACAAGUAGGCAGACAUAGCCGUCACACACACCCACACAUACAUACCGAAAGGAGCAAACACUCGACCAAAGAGCGUCGUAAAUCAACAGUGAACAAUUAGAGAGUCCAGCGCUACAAAAGCUUUGUGGGCGGCGCUGAGUGUAAAACUGCUGUAGUACAAGUAGUAUGUGUGUAACGGUAGAUGGUAGGAUACAUAUGUGAGCGGAUAUUGCAUGGCAAGCGAAGACGGAAAUUUACAAAUUUGAAAGCAAAACAAACGUAAUAAAAUUAGUUCCAGACGAACUCGUUGAUUCGGCGAGUGCGGAGAGAAUUUUUUGGUGAGCACACAAAUGUAGCAGAUUUAUAGAGAAUGAAAAAUGCAGGACAUGCAUGCAUGUGAAGGUGUGUUUCUAGCUUAAAUAUAAAUGUCGGCGAAAGAGUAUUGGAAAAUAUAAAUGUAGCAAAAUAGACGUGACCGUUAGCAAAUAAAAAUAUAUAUAAAUUAGAAAAAAUAAAUAAAAAAUUACAACAAAUGAAAUACAACUAAAAGCACUACAUAUAUGCAGAGUUAUAGUUAGUUUAUUAAAGAAAAGUGAAAUAAACAAUAUAAUGUUAAAAUUAAUUAUGUAAAUAUUAGAACAAAUUGUAGCAAGAAACAAAGAACAAAAACAACAAAACAAAAAAGCAACAAACAAAAACUUUUAUUUUAAAUAACCUAAUGAAAUAUACAAAUAUAAAAAAUUUACAAAGACAUAAAUUGAAACAAUACCAUAGUGUAUUAGUGGACCAAGGGCCAUGCCACAAACUUCGUUAAACAAAUAAGUCAUACAUACAUACAUAUUUGCAUAUUAAAUAUAAUAUAAUUACAUUUAGCAAUAUACAUUUAUAUAUACAUACAUAUAAUAUGGUUAUAUACAUACAUUAUAAAAAUCAACAAAAACAAAAAAUACAAAAUAUAGCUAUAAAGUGAAAACUAUUCAUACUCGUAAAUAAUAUACAUAUAAAUAUACCGCAAGAAUAUAAAUAGUUUGUUCAGCAAUAUUAAUUAAAAGUACCUUUAAACAAAUUUAAUACCGAUUUACUUCAUUGGAGGCACUCUUACAACAAUACUAGAACAACAACAACAACAAAAAUACGCUGUACUAAAUACAAUAUGAAUCCCAGCAAAGAACCAUCCGAUAGUUAUUGUAAACGCAAAACCCCAACUAACUAACUGUACUUUUCAACUACGUUCACACACAGCGCAGCGUGUUCCAUAUUUGCAUAUGUACAUACAUACUAUAUGUAAUCCCAUAUGAGCAGAUAGCGCCUACUCACACACCUACGUACAAUAUUACUUAUAUAUAUAUAUAUGUGUAUGUAUAAUUGACUAACUAAAUACUUGCCUCUUUUCAAUCAUUCAAAUAUCAUAUUCGGCUACCGAUACAUACAAGCAUACAUAUGCAUAUGCGUUUAUACGAUUAUAUAUUAUCAUAAUAGAAGUAAUUAACCGUUAAAUAGCUGCAUAUGUGUAUAACACUAGUUGCAAGUCCAAAACGAACCCGUUUGUCGAGCGUCUCUAUUUCACAUUUACAGCCACUUCGGCAAGGUUAUUCAACUAAAUUUAGCUUUCCAAAUUAAACUAAACGUUUAUCCACGGUCUACUAAGCCCAUAGACGUCAUUAGACCCCUUAAAUUUCUAACUGUUUAAUUUGUUUUCUUCACAUACAUACAUAUUGUGUAAAUUUCUGGCUACUCUCUCGCUAAAUAAGUAACAAUAUUAUGCAAAUAAUCUCAAGCUCAGUCAUAAUGUGUAUAUAUAUGUAAAUAUUAUAGUGUUGAAUAAUAAUAAACAUACAUACAUACAUACAUGCAUAUAGUGUAAAAUCCUUCAUUGCCCACUGUCACAAAUACAAACGUACAGUUUCAAAUGAUGAGAUAAACGCGUUACAAAAGCAAAAUAACAACAACAAUAAUAAAAAUAAAUAUAAUAUUAACAGUAAGAAAAACAAUAAUAAUAAUAAUUAUAUAAUCAGGAGUACGAUAUUGAUGUAUAGUAAAAGGAACCUUUGAAACGUUGUGGAACACAUAAACAAGAACACUACACAAAAUCUUUGAUUAUUCGUACCGCGAACUCAAUUUUCUUUUAACUAGAUAAUUGCCAACUAAGAAAAAACGAUAAACGUAACGGAUCAAAUGUAAUAUAAAGUUCCGAAUAGUAUAUAAUACGACGCUCUCGAAUAAAGUUCUACAGGCAAUGUUCGUUCAUUCUCUCAGCAGUGCAUUAGACUAAGUUAAGAGAUCGAUCCUAACAGAGAUCUUGAACAGAGAAACACCUACUUAUAUAAUUGAUCGUAAGGCCAGCACAAAUAGACGAAGCGCUUUGAGCGGAACACUACUUUGUUGAGGCGGCUAAGUCGCCUGGUUCACCGAUGAAAGGCUGUCGAGAUGUUUCAACCUCAGUUUGACAAAGUCGGAACAAUAGUGUAGAAACCCCUGGAUAAUUCCAACUCAUUUUUCCCCAUGCAACUUUGAAAACAUGCGUCCGACAACAUUUUUAGGCUUUUUGCAUAAAUGCCCAUUGAACAAAGUCCAGUAAGAUCUCAUAAGUUUGCAAAUCAAAAUAACCAGGGUCAAGUUUAAAAUAGGAAUCCGUUUGUAAUACAAAGCGAAAGAGAGAUAGAAAAAUCAUAAAUGUUUAGUAAAUAUUUUUAAGUAAGGCUUUAUCCUUCAUUAUUUCGUAACACAAAUGUCUGUGAUCAGCUGUUUCUUGUUUGUUCGAAUUCAACUAACAGUUUACUCUCCCAAUUUAUCCGCUUUUGCAUGGUUUUUCUGCACUCUAAUCUCAUGCCAGAGAAUUUAUGACAGUUUUUAUAAUUGUUACCGCACAAAUUAUAUCUGAAAUGGGUGUAUUAUGACUUAAAUAGCAGGGAUUACUAUUCCUUUUCCUUUUAAUGCAUGGAUUGCUAUUUGAUUAGAAUUCGAUAAUUUUUAAUUAGAAUCGGUUGCUAAUUGAGGUAGCAACAAAUGAUGUCUUUUUAUACCAUAUAUUAAUACUAACCUUUUUCAUUUUGUGCUGGGUUCGCAAUGUUAUCAAUUUACCAAGUUUUCUGUACACUGGUUUCUAGAAUAAUUCAUGAUAUGACUUAUUGCUUGAGAGUUGGACUACGAGUUUCAAAGCUGCCUCAUCUGUUGCAAAAAUAAAGACAAUAGAAAAAUAGAUAAUGGAAGAGAGAUGCAAAAAUAGCUUCACUUUUGAAGGAAUUGAAAUCAUUUCCAGUACAACCUGAGCAGAGUUGAUUACAGACAUUGGUAACUUCAUAUUAGCAUAUUUUUCAGUUAAAACAAUUUCUCACUCAUCGGUAC